CCCAUCCAUACCCCGAGGGGUUCGAUAAAUAAUACCAAGACCGCAAAUAAACUAGGUCACCAGGGAAAGGGGGUACAGUACGGAGUACAGUUCAACCUGCUUCCUGUUAAGUUGAUCUUGUGCCACCUGAAGUCAGCAGGACAAUCAUCCAUCCAUCUCUUCCCCGUGCUUCUCUUAGACCAGCCAGCCACUUCUCUUCUUCCCGCUCUGCCUUCGUUUUCACCUCGCUGUGCUCGACGCAGACAGUCUACUUUGCGCAAGGCUCAUUUUUCUAGUGAGAACAGAAGACUAAGAAGGAGAUGUACGGCUCUAAUACAGGGCCUACACAGCCAGAAUGGCGCCUCACGUCGACCACUACUUCUUCAAGUCCUGCGACGCCGCACAAUCCCCCGCAGCCGUCAUGGCAGGCAAACCCCCCUCUCCCAGCUCGCCCAACAUCUCAUCAGGGUAGUUCACGACCGAAUACCAAUUCUCCUCUGGUGAAUAACGCGGGCGCAAAUGUCUCUCCAACUUCCAAUAUGGCAGGAAUGGACACGACUUCAUGGGGGGUGAAAUACAACAGGCAGCAGUUACAGGCCCCAAGCCCCCCACCACUCCCGCCGCGACCUCCAAGCACAACACAGUCCCAUUCAAUCCAGACGAAUUCUUCCGCCAAUAGCUCCUUGGAUUUCCAAAGGCCUUCGUCGGCAACUCCAGUGCAGGCAGCUCAAGAUGCAUUGAAUCCAUAUCCGCAAUGGACAACGAGCGCUCUUCCAGUGGCAUACCAUCAACAGACUCAGUCCGUACCAACACAGGCCACGCCGCCACCUCCUACUCCUUCCGGUUACCAGGGCUUCGCUUCUCAUUCCGGCGGCCAAACGCAGGAUCAUUCACAACCUCCACCAUAUUCUAGCGCCGUCUUCAGUCAACCUCAUGAUUCUCCCGUACAGCGGCCCAGCCCAACAGCACCAAUGCAAGCCAACCUCGUAGGGCUUGCAGCGCCUAAUUCAGGACUGCCUCCACUUGCAAGUCCACAGCAACCCCAUUCGUCAUAUAUCGUUGGACAUCCAGAACCCCAGUCUUCGUGGGUUCAUGAGACAACCACCAGCAUAGCCCCUGAAUUGCUACCUGUCGCCGCGCCUCCGGUGCCACCCAAAACUAAUCCCACUUCGAUCCCUACUAGCGCCUCCGCUCUUGGCCCUGGCACCCCUUCUGCCUGGGAGCAUUUAUCGCCGACGCCAGGGAACAUCGACGAUGUUGCGGCUUUAGCUCCCAAGCGUGAACAUGCAAGCCCAGUGGGCGCGGGGUUCCCCUCUCACUUACCUGCGGCAUCGAAUUCAGCACCUCAUAGCUUCCCUAGUAGCUCUGGGCCAUCUCCAGCAGACUUUCACACAGGUAAUACUAAUACGCAGCCGGAGAUUCAUGAUUCUCCUGUUAGUGUUGAUACAGCACAGGACGAUUACGAACCGCCCCUCUCGCUUGGAAUGGAUGCUAGAGUUGAUAGUACGGAGUCUAUUGACAGCUCCGUCUCUACUUCAGAAACCGUGGAGAGUAUUGAUGGUGUCAUUGAAGCAUGGACUCGCCCUCUUACAACAAACUCACAAAACCCUGACCUAGGUGAUGAUGCAGAAUCAGAACAUGCAGUGCAAAGUGAGAGCAAGACAAGCAUGAAAGGGACCGAAAGUAAGGCUGGUGAAGUCCAAGGAACACAUCGGACAGCGCUUGCGUCAUUGAAUCGGCCUGAUCCCUUUGACGAUCUUGAUACCUGGUCCAAAUCCUCCUUGGAACGAUAUGUGGCAAUGCUACGGAAGGAGGCUACGGCAGAUACCGAUUCGGAUAGAUUUGAGAUUUUUACAAGUUUCGUGGCCAAGGAGACGAAGCUACGUGAAGUCUUGUAUAGCAUUGAUCCUCACUCAAAGAGUGCCGACCAGACAACGACAGGCACUUCUCCUUCAGCAUCGGUAACACCAACUGCUCUUGCAAGCAGCAGCGAGAUUGAUCGUGCGUCUCCUCCUGUGGAAUCUGGACUGUGUCCAGUGGAAACCGAGGACCUCGCUGUACCCACUAGUACCGCGGACGAAUCUGGAGAUGGCAGCUACAGUCCGGGUGGCAGGCCAAUCCUUAGGCUUCACACACCCGAUCCCGCAAAUGUGAAAAGCUCCCCAUCUCAUAAUGUUGCCCCUUCCUUUGGUGCACAGAUAGUAUCCCCAAGACCUGCCUCAGUACCGCCUACGAUGAUCGAUCAUGCGGCACAUAAGCAGGACCUCUCCCCUCUGGCUACUAAUCCCCCGCAGCCGAUUUAUACGCCGUUCCGUUACACGGAGGGCCCUCAGAGGGGUUCAGAUGCCCUCGUAUUUGAUCGUCCAGCAUAUCAAGCCUAUUCUGCCCUGCGUCAAGCAUCUGCUGAAAGCGGGCGGGUGAUGUCCAACGGCUUGCUUCCUGCAUCAGAAGACCUCUCAUUGCCUGCAGAGGCACCAAAUCAUGCAGGGCAGGACGAAACGUUCAUCGGUCUUAUCAGGGAGAAAAGCAUUGCGUAUCGAAAAACAGCCUCCCAGAAGUCGUCGACUCUCCCACCACUACCCGCCUCCCUUAGACAAGGCAGACUUCCUGACCCCUGGGACGAACUACGCUCAAUCGUGUCAUCGUCACUAGGCAAAGAAUCUGUGAGCGGCACUGAGAAUACCACGAAAAAGGAGCCCAAGGGAAUAACCAACGACUUCACCUACAUUCACGAGGCGUUAAAUACCUGGGCUGCUUCGAACAAGUCUCGUAGAGACGCACUGGAGAAGGAACGAGUCCAGCGGCAGGAAGAGUCCGAAAGACACAUUGAUGCCCUUUUCCACGGAAAGGAGAUAGGUUAUGCUGAUAUCAAUGUCCUCGAGGAGGAAUUCCGUCAGAAGGAGGCUCGCUGCCAGCUGGAGGAGGAGAGGCAAGAACUGAACGACUUUAUUGCACGCGUCUUUGAUCCGCUGGACAAACGGUUGAAAGAGGAGGUCCUGGUAUUACAAACCGACUAUGAAGCCGCUCUCGCCCAGCUUGACGACGGUGACAAUGCAAUCCCAAAAACGGUCAAGGACCAUAGUCAUGUGUCUAAGGCAAUGAAGACUGUCAAUGAGAUCUACCGUGACCUAGAAGCUCGCUAUCAGAAGCGCCUUGAAAUUGCUUUGGACCGCGAACGUCGACGAAAGAAAGCUGAGAGGCGGCCCCUCGUUUAUAUGGGCGACUCAACCGCCCUCAAACGGCUGGAUCAAGAAUUCGAUCAGAUGGAGAAGCGCAAUAAGCUGGAGGCUGCUCGAGAACGGGAUGCUAGAGCCAAUCGAUUGAUGGACUCUUUCGAUUAUGUUAUCAUGCAUGGUCUCGGAGAAAACCAGAGAGUACUCGAUGACAUCACUGCAAAGGUAUCACGAAUCGACGCGGCAAGCCUUCGUUCUUCUCCUCUCUCAGAGAGUGACAUUGUGCAAUUAUUCAAAUCAGUCAGCCAGUUCAUUGACUAUUUGCGCGAGGACUCCGAGUCGAUACUCGAGAAUUUCGGUAUCGCCGACGCAUCUCUCAACGACGCCGAUUAUAGUGUCUCGGUUGCUGAGGCUCGAUGCUCAGACGCCGAGGCUGAUGUUUCUCGUCAACUCGAGGCUGAGAAGAAGAAAGAAGAUAAGAAGAUCCAGGAUGAUCUAGAAUCCAAGCUAGAGAGUGUGAGGGAAGGGCCAGCUCGGGUGACCGCUAGCAUCAAGGAUCUUCUCCGUUCCCUCGGCCACGAUGCUGCCUCCGAACAAUCGCCUACUCUAUUGCAGGAGCCUGUGCAGCCGCCCAACAAUGCUCGCUCCCCGAGUCCCGGCUCCGCCACCAAGCCUGCCUCGGGCCACCCUGCGGGAGACGACGAGCAUCAAGAGCGACUUCGCAAGGCAUUGGAGAAUGCGAAGAAGAGGAACGCUGCAAGGAAGGUCACAUGAGGAUGAGCACAAGCUACUUGCUCGUAGAAUCAACUUUCCUCAGUACAUAUAUUAUCAGUGUUUUUAAUAUGUAAUUAGAAGUCCCGUGGAGCCUUACGCUUCUUAUCUUUUAUCUUUUGCCUUGUUUCUAUUGGGGCGGUGGGGAUACUCCAGUGUGGCGUUGGCCACAUAAAUUUAAGGCUAAUGUUUUCUGGUAGAGUAUAUUGGAUACACUUACGGGGAUGCGGCACAAUCAG